AUGUUGUUAGCGGCACAGAAGCUUUCUGAUAGGUUAUUGAGAUAGACACUUUUGCAGCACAUGCAACAACUGCAGCAUGAGCUCGACCUUUGCAUUUACUAUACGAGUAAAUUGUUAAACACGUCCGAAAUUAUCAAUACAAUAAAUUCGCGACGCAUGUUGAGCCCUACCCUAAUCUCACCCCGUCUCUAACCCCUUUAACCCUAAUAUAAUAUUAAUCUAACCCUAAUCCAAUCUUAAUCUGACACUAAUCUAAACUCUGAUUACCUUUUUUGACCUCAAAAACGCAUUUUGGUCCAAAAAUGAGUUAGGCAAUUAUGCUAAGAGGCUGACAUAGGCGUACCGGGCGGGGGGGCGGGGGGGGGCGGUAGCCCCCCCCCAGUUUUUUGGACAGUCGGGCAAUAUUCGAUCAACAGUCGGGCAAUUUUGGUUUGCAAUAAAAAAAAAUGGGACAAAUUCUGUAAAUUUUGUGUAAAAUUAAGUCAAUUUUUUGGCCAAAUUUGUUAUUUUUCGAAAAUUUGUGUUAUGCUCCGAAAAAAUUGUUUGUCCGGAAAAUUUUUUUGACCCCUAAAAUGGUACACUGUUUACGGAAAAAUUAUUUUGGCGACAAAAAAAUUUUUCCGGAAAAAAUUUUUGGGAACUAGUCGGGCAGAAUACCGAAAAGUCGGGCAAUUUUCUUUCCGCCCCCCUAAUUUUUUCCUUCCGGUACGCCCAUGGAGGCUGACGAUAUAUAGCUCUAUCUUAUAUAUCUUGUAUACAGCUCUAACCACAGUGAGACAGUUGUCGAGCUCUAACCACAAGUUCAUGUAUAACUACUAAGUAAGGUGAUGCCAAUGUACGGCGUAUGGGUAAAUUAAAUAUUAGGAUUUUUCUGCACUAUUUGGUAGAGUCAAACUAGAACACAAUGGGAACUACAAACUGUACGGAGAAUUAAGGGGUUUAGCUCAAAGCAUUUUAGAUAGUUCACACAAACCAAGAAAGCUUAUCGGUAUUUUUCCUUGCAUUAUAGAUUCAAACCGUUAGUCCUCGCACUGUCAGCGUCGCCUGCAACAGCUGUGAAAGCGGAUCAGAUCAAAGUUGAGUUAGAGAAACUCCUGAAUGACUUGGAGUGUCGUGUUAUUGUACCGCGUCCACAAGAUCUGCGACCCUUCUGGAACAGACCUCAGGUCUCGUACUUACUGAAAGAACUCAAUGAUUACCAGAAGUAUGUCAUGGUUGAAAGCUAGCUUUUAGUUGAGAGUGCACGAGAGUCGGCAGUCCCGCGAUAUUGGUUAGCUGUUCUUAAUGCUUUUCCAACACUAUCAUGUGUUCUAUUUAAGUAAAAAGCAUAGUUGGAACACUCAUCAAAUCUUUAUUUUGUUAAUCUACGUGACUCUGACUCGUGCCCAGUAGUCAAUUAUGAUUUAUGAAUACAUAUCAUACAUAUAUAGAUCAGUGGACGGAGAUGUGUGAUGUAUGCCAUGCACCACUUUUCUUUUCAAUCCUCAUUUGAGGGACUGGGUACGAGUCAGUACGUGACUACCAACUCUCGUCUUAAUUUGAUCAGGCCUUUAUAGUUUCAAGAGCUUGCCUUGUUUAGCACUUCCAAAGCGGACAAAAAGGCAAAAGGCGCUUCGGCUGCAAUGAUGAUUGGAACAAUCUUCCUUAUAAACUCCCUCAAAACAAUUUGAAACAAACGAGGAGUUGAAGCCGGCUCGUUUCUUUCUAUCUUUUGUCUUCUUGUUGUGUCAUGUAGAUAGUAAUGACAUGGCUCAAGAUUUGCAGUAUCCCGAUAUCCAUGCAGAAGAUACCAGAUUUCAAUUUUGGAUAUUCGAAAUCAUAGGCUUCGUGUCCCAAUGGGAUGCUAUAAAAAUUUGAAAUUUCCAAUCCAAACUCUGAAAUCUGUACAUUGUGGCAAAAUGUUUGACAACAUAGCUUGUUUUGGCACUUUGGUUCUUAUUCUGUCUACUUGUAAUGUUCCUAUCAUGUUUUGUAUUGUAAAUGUUCACUCAUUUAUACGCCCCUCAUGGAAAAUAGCUGAUAGUUGUACGUUGAAGAUAGCGUGUUAAAAUAAAGUCUAUCUAUGUCUGUAUGUACUUGUUUUCAUUGGGGAAAAAAUGUGAAAUCCACACUAUGAAAUUUGCAAUUGCACCACUAAAUCCAUAGUAUAACUAUUUCCAUGCUAUAUCCAUAUAUGGAAAUAUACAAUUAUUAUGGAUUAUCAAAAUCCAUUCUAUUUCCAAUAAAGGUCCGUACAAUUUCCAUUCUAUGACCUUCUAUGGAUUUUCAAUUUUUUUUCCAGUGUUUAAAUCAAAUCUUGAAUUUUGAGAUGGUAUUAUUCUUCGAAAUUUAUUUAAUUUUAUACUGAUUUUCUCCAUCAUGAAUAUCUUCUAUAGGUAUCUUGAAACCCGAUUGGAAAAUUACCUAAAGUCGCUGAAUCCCUAUUUAAAAAGACUUUUGGAAGUUUCCGAGUUGGAAAACCACGACAUACAAUCGUGCAACUAUAAAGGCAUUUUACGACGAGCGAUGAUGGAAGUUCAGAAUAAACGGGAGAAAGUAAUGGGACUGGCACUAGCCGAGCAUGCAAUUAGCAUAUUGAGCGUCCUCGAGUUAAACACCGUGUUAGGCUGUGCGCAGGCCUGUCAGAGUUUGCGUAAUAUGUUUGUGUCUGUCGAACAAGCUGGAAAUCCAAUGGACAGGGAACGCAAAAAGAUCCUAAAUAACAUUCCUACAUACGAUAUUUUGGUCACAGAAAUUGUGCGGCUUUAUAGUAUCACCGAAAACGUCCAAGGCCCGUCGGAUCGAUUCCGUGAGCUUCUCGAUGAAUUACGAAAGUUCGCCGAGAAGGUACGAUUAACCACUGAUUUGAAAACUAUAGUACUGGGGCCGGUUGUAUCAAGCCCGUUUAGCUUAAACGGUGGAUAAGUCACAAUUAAAUAACACUCCUAUAUCUCUCGUGAAUCAGUGAACUUAAAUAUUGUGCACUGAAUAUGUAGUUGUAAACAUCGUUCUAUUAAGGUUCAAAACUUUUAGUUUGGUUGUUGAAUGAAUCUAUAGACUUGCUUUCUAUUUUGAACUUAAUCACCGUUUAAGCUAAACGGGCUUGAUACAACCGGCCCCUGGAUUGGGCAUGUGAGCCAAUUUUGAAGCCAGGAUGUUUAUGAUGUAAAGAGAUUUUUUAAAUCUGCGAAAUUCAUUACGAAUUGUAUCGAUUGAUCGUGUCAUUAGAAGAGAUGUGGGAAUCUUUCAAGUUACGUAGAAAUAGAUAUUUGCUUGACAGUAUAACCAAUUUAAACACGCAACGAUUUGAUUCGUAAGGAUGUGGCAGAUUAAAAAAUCUCUCCUCAUUAUAUACAUAUUUAUUACAUAAGAUAUAGUGCUUCAUAGAGAUUUCGAGCACUGAUAAAAGUGAUAAUCUCACAUGUGAGAUCAUUCAUGAUAAUCUCACAUGUGAGAUUAUUCAUGAUAAUCUCACAUGUGAAAAUUAUCGCUUUUCAAUUAUCGCUUUUCUGUAAAAAUUAUCGCUUUUCAAAGACUGUCCUUUAUAUAAUAAACAGAAAAAUACACAAUAUCAUGUUCAACACUCGAAAUAAAUCUGGUAUUUCCAAGCACCCAUGUAUUAUUCUCUAUAUAUUCCCGCAACUAAAAAUUGUAAGAACGUUUUCUGACAUGUCAACAACACCACAGCUGGUCUGUGAUAUUACUUUCCAAACUGUGUUUAUCCUAACCCACCCUGUUAACUUUCCCUGUGGGAGGAAAACCGGAGCACCCAGAGAAAACCCAUGACUUUCGGCAGAGCGUUGACUGACUCUUUUCACAAAUGCGUUCAUAGGGAGAAUCGUGCCCACGAACUCAGAGGUAAAAGGCACUUGCUCUGGCGACUUCAAUAAUGUGCUGUAUAUUCUAUUGAAUUACAGGUGCGAAAAGGAGACGAGAGUUGCCGAGGUAUCGUUUUCGUGAAGAUGCGAAAAACGUGCGCAAAGUUAUGCGAUAAAAUAAACGAAGACCCUCUUAUUUGCCGGUAUCUAAACCCCAAGAAGUUUGUGGGCCACGGUAAAGGAACUCACGGUAUGGAAUGGAAGGCCGAACAGGAGCCCGUUUUAAAGGAGUUUCACUCGGGCGAAUGCAAGCUUCUUGUGUCGACCAGCGUUCUUGAAGAAGGCCUGGAUGUGCCCGCGUGCAAUUUGGUCAUCCGUUUUGAUAGUGUUAUGAACAUGCGUGCUCUGAUUCAAAGCCGUGGUCGCGCAGCCAGACGUCCUGACAGUCGCUUUGUAAUCAUGUGCAAUAAUAUCAGUGAGGUAGGUGUCACAACUGUGGUGUCACCUAUAAGCAGUGAACUCUAUGUAAACUGGUACGAUAACUCGGGGGGGGGGGAUUAGCCUUUCUCAGGCCGCCAUUUUUGGGUGGCUUUUCUGCCGAAGUCUGCGAGAUAAGUCCACAUAACAGCUACUUUUUAUAUUUUUUGGACGAAUGAUGAUAAAUUUGCUUUGUAAAUCGUUAGUUUAUUUUGAAAAAUUGCUUUUCACAUUGUCUUAAUUGUCUGCACUGUGAACGAGAAUUAGAUCUGAUGCCAUCCAAAAAUGGCGGAUAUUCGAGUUUUGAGCCGAAAUACUUAACCACUGAACGUUGUGCUGUCUAUGAAACUGAAGCUACUAAAAAACGCUAUUUGGUGUAGAGAUUUCAAGACUUUACCUAAAGGGAAAUAUUUAAAAAGAACAAAAAUAAUUGCCAAUAAUUUGCCAUUUUUUGGCCGAAUGGCAGUUGUUUUUGUAUUUUUAAAUAUUAUUUUUAUUUUCGCUGAAGUCUUGAAAUUUCCACACCGAAUAGCAAUUUUCAAUAGCUUCAGUUUGAUAUAUAGCCCAACGUUUGGGGUCAAGUAUUUUAGCUUAAAACUUAGAAAAACUAUUUUGGCUUCAGCGAAUCAUAGGCUUCAUCAUAGGAGUUAGCGUUCCAGUUUACAUGGAGUUCUCUGCUUAUAAAUGUUAUCAUUACAAGUUAAUUUAUUAAGGACAUCGUUGGAUGUUGUUUGGCCAAAUUUGUUAUGUUCUUAAAUAACUCAAAAGUUGCCAGCUUCUCUUUACGUCAUCAAAUGCAUACGUUUCGUUACAUUUUUGUCGAAAAGACGCUGAAUUGUGAACGUAUGACAAAUUAUUUCAGUUUUGACACCCUGGCUUGCAUGAAGACCAUUGUGUGUUAGAAAUAGAUUAUCCAUUACAAAAGUCAUUCUGAAAAUUCUCGAUAUUGUAGAUGACGUCAUUCCAAGAGUUGGAAAUGAAGGAGAAGAAUUUAGAUCACGUAAUCAAUGACAAGGCCCGCUUUGGUUUUCCUUCGACACGCGGCUGCGAAAUACGGAAACUGGACGCUAAGCACUUUCGAGCAUCGCGUAAGAAACGCUCACCUCGGAAAAGAAAGAAUCGUAGAAAACGAGAAGAUAAGAAAGCAGUCCCUUCCGUAUCGAUUGUCGUUUAUUUGAAUGGAAAUGAGAGGUUGGAUAGUUCUUCGUCUUCAGCUGGUCCUCGAGGGAGAGGAGUUGUCCUAGAAUCACUCAGUAGUUCAACAGUUUCGGUGUCAGCAGUGGGGUCGUCACGGAGCAAUGAAAAUGCGUCGAGAUCUUCUAGGCAUUCUUCAGGUAAUGAUGAAGUUAUAUGUUCAAUAAUUAACUAUUAUUUUGUUUUUCUCGACUGCCAGAUACAUUUAAAAAGUUAGCAAACUCCUAUAAACUACAAAAUAAAGCUAAAACAAAAUAAUUUUGAGAGGAACGCCAAAAAGAUUUUAGGUUUUGAACACUUUUCAUCGCAAAUACGUGACAUUGAAAAAAAUUGCCUCUUAAGCGUUUGUCAUUUUGCCAGUUUGAAAAAGACGCUUUUGACAGUUUUUCAUUAUUCCUGUCUAGAUCGCAAUUAUUUAGAAGUACUACGGAAUCAUUUUGCAGUGCUAUCUAUCAACCGCCAACCUUCGCAACAACUUCAGUUUCAAACGGCAUCGAACGAAUCACAAAGAGCCGAUGAAAACAUCUACGUUCACCUCCGAUCUCUUCCCGGAGAUCACACGCAUCGGAAUCCAGAACAACUAUUCGACGACGUCGUCCGAACUUGGUGCGAAGCUGGCCCGAGUUUAUGGUUAGAACGAGACGAGAAGCCCAAUGACCGAAACAUGGUUUUUCACAUUCUUCCAAUUCAGUUAAUCGCCGGUGGAGAUUUUAAAGAUAGGGGUACUUUCUCUGAGUUAUGGCAACACCAGUGUAAUGGCGGUGCCGAAAUUGUGUUCCUUCACGAUUUAAAAUUAGUCACCAUUGCCUUUUAUAACUCUCUCGGCGCACUUCAAAAAAUUGAAUUUCGAUACGAUCAACUUCAUGAGUUUGUUACACUAAGUUUCCCGCAAGACCAAAACGAAUCCGUUGACAUGUUCUUUUGCCUACGUCAUGUGCCGUCAUUAAGUGCAGCAACAAGUUAUGUUUCUCGGCUAUCGGAAGAAGCCGACGACUGUUCGUUCAGCGAGUACUACCUUCGUGAAUAUUCGGAUGACGAAAACGAAGCGGUUGAUGGGAAUCGUGCGGAUGCUGCCGGGAACGAAGACGCAAGACCGCCUGGGGAGAGCUCGGGGGAAAGUUCUGGUGACGAUGAUGUGUUGUUACGGCAACCAGAAGUUUUAGACAGGCUACCUGGUAAUUCUGGUGAUUUUCUGUAUUAUACCAUACCAUAUCGUAAUAAGUAAUUUCUGUAUUAUAACCAGAACAUACAAUACCAUUUCAUACCAUGCAAUACCAGAUUGAUACUACACAACACUGUAUCAUGUAAUACCUUACAAGUAUCACGGACUAUUUACAUUACGCUUCUUAUAUACUACAUACACAUCAUACACUAUGCCAUUGUUUAUUAUACCAAAGUACCAUCAUAUUAAUUAUACCACACCAUGUUUCGUUAUACGAUGUCAGCAUUUCAAUGUUGCAUGCCACACUCUGUUGAACUGUAACAACAAAACUUCGGUUGUUAAAGAAGCAGCUACCUGAAAAAUACAAGGAGAAAUUUGAUGUUUCGAGUGAAGGUCCUAACUUCCGACGAAGGACCUUCGCUCGAAACAUCGAAUUACUCCUUGUAUUUUUCAGGUAGUUGCAUGUCUACCAACCAAAGUUUUGUUUUUAUUAUUGGUACUACCUACACUGGCACAGACCUUGAACAUAUCUGUUGAACUGUACCCUACUCACCAUACAGUUCUAUACUAUAUUAUACCAUACCAUACCAUAUUAUACCAUAGCAUUUCACAACAUACCAUUUCAUACCACGUGCACCAUAUCACACUAUACCAUUUCAUACCAUACUACACCAUAACAUACCGUACCAUAUUAUACCAUACCAUUUCACAACAUACCAUUUCAUACCACGUGCACCAUAUCACACUAUACCAUUUCAUACCAUACCAUACCACACCAUAUCAUAUUAUACCAUACCAUUUCACAACAUACCAUUUCAUACCACGUGCACCAUAUCACACUAUACCAUUUCAUACCAUACCAUACCAUACCACACCAUAACACACCAUAUCAUAUUAAUUAUACCAUACCAUUUCACAACAUACCAUUUCAUACCACGUGCACCAUAUCACACCAUACCAUUUCAUACCAUACCACACCAUAACACACCAUAUCAUAUUAUACCAUACCAUUUCACAACAUACUAUUUCAUACCACGUGCACCAUAUCACACUAUACCAUUUCAUACCAUACCAUACCACACCAUAACACACCAUAUAUUAUACCAUACCAUUUCACAACAUACCAUUGCACACCACGUGCACCAUAUCACACUAUACCAUUUCAUACCAUACCAUACCACACCAUAACACACCAUAUCAUAUUAUACCAUACCAUUUCACAACAUACCAUUUCAUACCACUUGCACCAUAUCACACUAUACCAUUUCAUACCAUACCAUACCACACCAUAACACACCAUACCAAACCAUACCAUACUAUAGUAAAUAUUUUAUAACUAUCGUUAUGCUCCUUUACCGCCAGAUGACAGAGCUGACGGGGCACUCUACAUGAACCGACAACCUGUUCCCAUACCCGACCAACGAGAUGAAAUACAGAACCCAUCUGAUGAUAGCGACAGUUCUAGCGACUCGGAGUCUGAAGAUGAAAACUCCCGAUCUUUCGUUGCUGAAGAAACCAGUGCGAUAGAUGAUUUGGUUUGGGUAAAAUCUUGGUCACGUCGUACUGAAAUCGAAGAUAUGAAACCAUUUGGCAAAUUUCUGGCUCUAAGGGUGCGACUUCCAUAUACAGAAGACUUGUACGACGCCUUAGAAGCAUUAAAAGGUUUCGGGAAAAGAUUUUACUACGCACCAAUAAACAUUGAGAAUCAAGGCAAUGAAACUCAUCGCAUAGCCCGCUUCCCACCCGAAGUCUGGUAUGCCCACGAAUGCCUGAUCGGACUCCACCCGAAUUUAAGGUGUCGCAUGACGUCAUCGUUUUACGAUCAGUUGUGGCAGAUGUGUCAUCGCAUGGACGAAGAUGAUUGCAUCAACGCUCUUUAUCAAAUUUCGACGUGUGCAUUGCAAGACUACUUUACCGACCCGGAACACGAGCUUGGCACGUUGCUUGCACGUGGACAAAACGUGAGACGUGCGCGUAUCUCCAGAUCUAAUGUCCCCGCACACUGUGCACUUGUAAGGAGACUGGUACUCACUCCGACAAGGGUUAUUCCAUUUCCGGCGGAAGUGAUGGAACAAAAUCGGGUCCUUCGUAAUUACGAUACGGACUGUUUUAUCUCUGUCAGUAUACGCGAGGAGGAUUAUUCCAAACUCAGGGGACACAACGCGUCGUUGGAGGUGGUAUUAGAGGGUAUCAAAGGAUAUAUGCUCCAAGGGUUGCCUGUGGGUGGGCGUCACUAUGAGUAUGUCGGUUGCUCCAAUAGUCAAAUGCGGAGUCAUGGGUGUUGGUUCGUUCAGCCAUCUUGGCGAGGAGACGCUGACGCUAUUCGACAGUGGAUGGGGGAUUUGAGUGCGAUAAGGUAGGUUUAUUUAUUUAUUUUUAUUUAGCUUUGCCAACUAGGGCAGGGUCACCACAACAGCAUAUGCCAAUUACUGUGGGCCCUUUUACCUAACCCACCCUGUCAACUUUCCAUGUGGGAGGAAAUCGGAGUACCCGGAGAAAACCCACGAAUUUCGGCAGAGCGUUGAUUUUUACUCUUCACAUGAGGACUGGGUUCGAGAAAGUUCUCACUGAGGGUUGAACCUGCGGCCUUAGAGGUGAAAGGUAAGUGCGCAAACCACUUCGCCACCGACGCCCCAACUAGGCUAGAGCCAUAGGACCACUAGAACAUUGCGAGAUGACCUUUCCCUUUGGGAGAAUAGUUGUCUGAACUGACGGAGCUAUCGUAUUUGCAAUGUGCACAUAACCCUUGAGAACUUAAUGCGCAUGCAAACUUAAUGCGCAUGCACAUUGACAAAACAAACUUUGUCACCCCCUCUGACCCAGUUGAAAACAGCUCCGAAACCACUUUUGGUAAUCAGUGGCGUAGCCAACCCCACCAUUCAGUCCCGCUAUGCAAAUAUUGCCAUGUUUUUAAACUAUCAACACAAUCAAUUUCUAAAAUAAUGAUAAUGAGUUGAAAUGGCUGCGGGCUGGCUGCGCCACUGUUGGUAAUAUACCAUGACACAAGCUCAACAUUGAGUUGGGGAAGCCGGGGCUUUGGAAGUAACCCAACAUGGACUUUUUAUCAAAAAUGUAUCAUAAGGGACAAGCGUAUUUUGUAUAGAGGGAAAGGUAACCUCAACCAGUUAUGUCCAAGAUUGUAGUAUAAAUAAUGUAGCUUUGCAAAACGUGAAAACGCUUAUACUAGGCCUCGCGGCAAAUAGCCAUACACAUUAGUUGAAGGGCCUUGUAGAUGAAAAUCAUCGAGUGUAAAUGUUAUACAUUUAUUAGAGCUAAUCAGGAACCCAUGGUAAUGUUUCCUUCGUAUUUUUCCAGAUGUGUUGCGUCGUAUAUGGCUCGUCUUGGUCAGUGUUUUUCAACCUCGCUCGAUACUGUUGGCAUCACGCUACAGGAGGGUGUUAGGUAUAGAGAAAUUGACGAGGUUCAAGAUGAAGCAAAUCAAUUUUGUUUUUCUGAUGGCAUCGGCACAAUAUCUUCUGCACUGGCAAGACAGGUAAUUAGUCCGCAUUUUACACUAAAAAUCAUUUUGUAUCUGACAGAUCAUGAAAUAAACACAAACUGAACUAUCUAGAUCUAAUAGGUACAAUCUUGGUUAUAACUAGUGGAGACUUAUACGAGGUAGGCUAGUUGAGAUUAUACCCUUAUUAAGCCCCCGCUCCCCCAACUGGGGAGAGGGGGGUGACGAAAUUUGUUUUGUCAAUAUGCAUUAACUCUGCGAUAAUGGCUGCAAUGGUCUCAAGGAUUAUGUUCAAGAUUGUGGAAAUAUGGGUCUACGCGUUUACACGCACGAUCGUCUGUAGAUCGAAAAACUGUAUUUUUUGCCUCCAAAUCGCCUGCAAGUUAAAUGUGUGAGCCAUAAAUAAGUGUAGGCACAACAUGACCCUAGAGUUGUCGCGUUAUUUGAAUAACACAAGGUACUUGUAUUGCUCAAAGUGAGAACAAAUGUUUAGUAUUUAUUUCAAUUUAAUUUACAGGUUUGCCAGACUGUUGGAAAGCCAACAUUUACGUCCGCUCUGCAGAUUCGUUUUGCUGGCUGUAAGGGUGUCCUUUGUCUGGAUCCGAAUUUGCGCGCCCGUCAAAUGUGCAUUCGCCCGAGCAUGAAGAAGUUCGAGUCGCCCCACAGGAGACUGGAACUGCUACAGACGUCUCGGCCCCAGGCUGUUUAUCUCAACCAACAGACCAUAAUGUUAUUGUCUAAUCUUGGGGUACCUGAUGAAAUUUUCUUGAAUCUACAACAAAAAGUGUUGGAUAGCUUAGCAGGUAUAUUGUUGUCGUUGCUUUGAUUUACGGAGGGGGAGGAGGUUGCGCAUUCAUCCAUAUACGAAUCACCAGGUGGUGAGUAAUUUCGGAUUUCUUUCGAUAGCAUAAAAGCAACCUACAUUUUCAAAAUUACUCACCGCCUGAUGAUUCCUAUACGGAUGAAACAGACUGUUGUGGUUUUUUGAGGUAAAACGAAAAGCUAAUUUUAAAAGUAAUUUUAAAAAUACACGUUGUCUACUUUAUUGUUGACAGAAUAGCUAUCGACCAAUUUCAACAUAAAAUAUUGGGAUAUAACAUGGAAGGAAUUUUAUUUUCAGAAAUGAUGUUGAACGAAAACGAAGCGCUACAGCGCAUGUCUAAUGUCAUUCGAACUGGAAUUGAUUAUAAAGCCCUUAGCGACAAUGGCGUGGCCUUGACAACCGAGCCUUACUUCAAGUCUUUGAUGUGUGCGCUGUACAAAGAACGCAUACAUAGACUGCUCAAGAAAAGCAGAAUAUUACUUCCGGUUACGGAAGCGAGGCUCAUGAUGGGCGUUAUGGACGAAACCGGUUUAUUGCAGGCUGGACAGGUUUUUGUGCAGUAUUCGCAUAUGGCAUCAGAUGGGGACGACGAUGAGCCUGCGAUCAGUGAUCAGCGGUUUGUUGUCAGGCGCUCGGUUGUCGUGACUCGUAAUCCGUGCUUACAUCCGGGUGAUGUACGCCAACUCGAGGCUGUGGAUGUGCCAGAAUUGUAUCAUCUGGUUGAUUGUGUUGUGUUCCCAAGGAAUGGUCCUAGACCACAUCCAAACGAAAUGGCAGGUAAAGUCGAUUUCUAUUGGGCUUAAUCGGCUAACGCUUGUUCAGGCUCGUUGUCAUUCAAUUCACUCACCUGUAUACUGUAAAUGCUUCAUUGCCUAGCUUUGUUCUGUUCUAUGCUUACAUUAUCAGAACAAUUGUAAAUUGAUAUGUCAGCUAUAUCUGAAAUUGUGAAUUGUGUAGCAAUGGUCAUAAACGUGCGGUAGCUGGUUAGUGUAAAUACUACUGUACUAAAAUUUAUUAAGAGUUUUAAGAGUAAUAAUAAAACUCACUAAGAGUAUAAAGGUCUGUCUUGCGAUUUUGUUCUUCUGAUGGAUGUGAACGAGUGGAUCAGUUACGAAUGUUCAGAUGAGGGUAUGUAUACCCAGAACAUCCAUGUCAUCUACUCGUUCACAUGCAUCAGAAGAAGGACAUCACGUUAGAAAUCGCAGCAAAAAUUGCAAGUGUCCAAUACUGCCUUUGCAUCAUAAUCCACAGGCGGUGAUCUUGACGGUGAUCUCUAUUUUGUUACCUGGAGUGAUGAUUUCAAACCAAGAAGAGAUAUUCACGAACCAAUGGAUUAUCCCACUUUGCCUAAGAAAGUCAAAGAAGGGCCAAUCACUGUUGAGGAUAUGGUCGAAUUCUACGCGGAGUAUAUUGAAUGCGAUGCGCUGGGUAAGUAAGACAUAUAUUCCUGACACGGUGACAUAGAUUCCUGACAGAAUGUAGUUUUUAUUCUUUUAAAAGCAUUGAUAUUGAUCUAAAAAAGCUAAGUGUUCAUGAAAGUCAGGUCACAAUUAACUUUCAUGUGGUAAUAAAGAACUUUAGCAACGAGUACGAGUAGUAUGCUUAUGCCAUCCCGCACUGAUACGAGAAUGUCGUAGGCACUGAGCUGUAUGUCGUAGAUGUCGCCUAUCUGAGUGCGAAUUUUUUAAGAGAUCUCGUAGUCCUCACGACGACUUGUUGAAAAGCAAUAAAGUUAAUUUUUUUGUACUAGAUCAAUUCUUCGCGGGAAAUUGUUUCGGCGAAAUAUGGAUAGUUGCACAUGAGUGAUUCUAUUGAAUUUUCCCACUUUUUUCGUUUUCGCAGUGAGUAGAACUCACUUCUACUCACUGGCCAUGCGAACGUUUUUCCGGGAGAAACCUAAUGUAUCUUUACCGCGCAUGAACCUAAUUUGCUUCGCGCGAACAUUUCGCCAGGAAAAAGCGCUUGUGAAAUAAGGUCCUAGAGCGAAAGAGCAAUCAGACUAGGAAAUUGUUCGGUAUGAGAAAUUUCCGGUAUCGGUAUACCGAAAAAAUUAUACCGAUAUUAUCGGCAUACCGGUUUUCCUUUGAUAAUUAUAAAGGAAAAUUCUUUAAUGGAAGUUUGAAGGAAAUUUUGAGUAAUUCUAAAAUGGAAAACGAUAAUUUCGAAGCUGUUUCGAACAUGUUUCGAACGACAUGCACGUACUCAGUGUAAAAUCUCACUGAAGUGGAAAUUCUAAAUCAUUGCAGUAGAAAGUUCUUUGAAUUGCCAUUCAGUAGUAAAAUAAAGGUUAUGGUUUCGCCAUAUAGUUGGUAAAUUUAACACGGUAUACCGAAAAAUUCCGGUAUAUCCGAAAUUUCGGUAUAUCGGUAUGGUUGAAUAUCCGGUAUCGAUAUACCGAUAUUGAUUUAAUACCGAUAUUUUCGGUAUAUCGGUAUACCGAACAGUCCUAAAUCAGGGGCCGGUUGUAUAAAAACGUAAUUAGCGCUAACUGUAGUUAGCGUUAAUCACUGUAGUUAAAUCCUUAACUGUAAUUAGUUAACUACACGACUUAACUGCGUGGCACAAAACGUAGUUAGUCGGAUAGUUAACUAAUCACGUAGUUAACUGUGCGUGGGGCGUUUAAACACAAAAUUACAUAAAGUAAGCAGCGAAUAACGACCGCUGACACACAUUUUCAACAUGAUUGUGGACUCAUAUUUUGCAAAUAGGCGGGAAUUUUAUUCAAAACACUAGAAAACAGUGAAAAAUAUACACGAAAACAAGGAAAAACCGCCACAAAAAUCAUAAAAGAAUGCAGUUUUCCUUGAGAUGCCUAUGUUAAACCAAGGUAUAGCUGUUUGGCAAUUAUAUAUCAGUGUUUCUUGGUGUAAUGGACCAUACUUCGUCUUCGAGAAAUCGUCCUGUGCAAAAAUAUGUUCUGUUUUCGUAAAAACACCAAAGCGAUACCGUUUGAAGAGUUUAUAUUGUCAGGAAACAUUCACAGGGAAGAUAGCGAUUGAAAAUCUCAGGUAACCGUUGCUUUUCAUUGUUGUUUUACUGAAAAAUGUUGUUCACUCCUAUACAAACGCCAUUUUUAACUACGUUUUGGACAGUUAACUAUACCCUAAAGCAUAGUUAACUUUAACUACUUUUUAACUGCAGUUAAGGCAGGCUAACUACACUUUUAUACAACCGGCUUAACUAUACGUGAUUAAAGUUAACUAUUUUUUAAGGCUUUUUAACUACUUUUUAACUGCAGUUAGCGCUAACUACGUUUUUAUACAACCGGCCCCAGACCUCUUCAUAUUUCAGGAAUCGAACCAUAAAAGUAAAGACCGACACAUGUACCACUUUCUGACCUUUUCUCCAUUGAACUCCAUUGUCUCCCUGACUGAUAUUUUCUUCAAUCUUUUUUAGGUAUGAUUGAUAACGCCCACAAAGCUCACGCGGACUCUGAAGAGCGUGGAGUUGAAUCAACAAAAUGUCUCGAGCUCGCUGAAUUACACUCGUUGGCAGUCGAUGCGCCCAAAACUGGACGAUGGCCAAAACUUGGUAAAGAACAUAAAGUCCAUUCAUACCCCGAUUUCAUGAUGGUCCCUAGCAAACCUACCUACAUAUCGCACAAAGUUCUCGGCCGACUUUUCCGCGAAGUUCGAGAUUUCGAGGAAAUCAUGAACCACGUGGUGCCGAAUUCCGCUGUACAGCUAGACGGCAGGCUCAUCUUUCCGGGAUACGAGCAGUACAUUCGGUCAGCGGCGCUCACCUAUGCCGAGUAUGCGUCGCAGUUACAGACGCUCCUGACGUUGUACGGGAUUAAAACGGAGGGCGAGAUGCUGAGUAGCUGUUUUCAUAAACUGAAAGGGGAUUUCGGUCGGGAACGCUCGCAGAUCGCCGUCGUCGUUCGGAAGUUGAUUCGGCAAUUAAGAACAGAGUUUCGGAUGUCCUUUUUCAGAGAAUUUCAAAUGAACGGAGACAGACUGUUGCCCAGACAGGUUAGAGCAAAGAAGUUUACUAGGGUACAAUAGACCUUUCCCCUUUUAAGUGAAAUUUUGAUCUAGACUAGCCUGGACAAAAAUUUCAUCACAGCUUGAAAGAGCAUCACAAAAUUAGUAAUAUUCCGAAGUUUCGUUGCGAAAUAUUGUAAAAUGCGGAUAAUAUAGCCUUGCGAAGUUUGCCGUUUUUCAGCAUUUUGUAUUACAAAUGGGAAAUUGAUAAUCAGUUUUGAUCAUCUGAAGGGGAAAGGUCUAUAGGCAAUUCCAGCUAUUGACUAAAUUUUGAUCUUGGCAAGAAAAACAAAAUCCAUCACCACAGCUAGAAAGAGCAUGUUAAAAUUAGUAAAACUGCAAAGUUUGGUUUGAAAACGAAAUUUGCAAAUUUUGUAUUAAUUUGUGUCAAAAUUGUGUCAAAAUUGUGUCUUCGGAAGAGAUUUACCUUGCCAUCGACUUAAAUGAAAACCUAUCUGAAAGUGAUAGUGUUAACCAAAAUUUUCGUUCGUCUAAACGCAAAAACUGUUGAUUUACGAUUAGGUGGAUUAGCCCUUUGUUUUAGUAUAUGUAUGUCUGCACAUCUGUUUACUUCAAAACGUCAGAGAAGAAAACUCCUACUGAUCCGGACUAAAUUUCUGAAGAAAUAUUUCCAAAUUUAUAAAAAGUUGCUGAGAAGUUUGCUUUGAAUUUUUGGUUAACCUAGGGAUAAGCUAAUCGGCUAUCUUGGCUUUCAUACAACCUGCCCGAGGUUUAUAUUUGUAGAGUUAAUUUCUGUGUUAUAAUUUAACCUUUGGCUCAUUAGGUGACAAUUGCCAUGAAACAGAAGGCUUCUGCGUGGUACCAUUAUGCAUACAAACCUGUCAUGGAGACAAGUCCUGGUUUGCGAAGCAACGGAACCCCGGCGGUAAUAUAAUAAUUUGAAUUUUUGAAUUUGAAUUUAUUAAAUUAGUCAUCAGCUUUACAGUGACAACAGGAGAAAGAAACAGGGCAAAGCCCUAAUUGACAUCAUACCCCUUGUGGCUAAAAAUCAUGAUAAACUAUUGAAUUAGUAAGAUAUAUUGCAGUAUUUAGUCUAAAAUUAGUUAAGUACGUCUUUCGUCAGGAAUAAUAUAAGAAUCAAGUUUAAUCGUGCAAUAGUCUUGAGAUAGCUUUUUUAAAAGUUGCUAAGUUGGUUGAACUUUUGAUAUCUAAUGGCAGUGAGUUCCAGGUGCCAACGACACGAUGGAAAUAGGAUACUUUAGGUAAUUUUGAUUUGCUCGCUUUGUCUUGUAGUUUAGGGAGAAAAAAUUACGGGUAAAUAUACGAUUUUGGACAGAACUGUUAUAAAGAGGGAUGAUCUAGAACUUUAAGCCGUGUUUUUCAAACCUCUUAUAUACUCCAUUGUUUUAUGUAAAAAAAACUGUCAUGUGUCAUCUGAUAAAUUGCGUUUGGGGUUCGGGUUAGGGUUAAGAGAUUGCCUCUACUGGUCUUCAAGAGAGAACCGUUUAAAGGUUCUUAUACGGCUUACCAGGGUCAAUAAAAUUAGUCUUACUUUGUUUCGUUUCCUCCUGGAAUUACACUCAACUAAUGCAAGAUAUAGUAAGUCUUCUCUGAACUUCUAAAAAGAGCAAUUUAGAUCUGGAGAGGCCGACGAGCUAUCCAGCAUUAAUAAAGUUAGUUUAUACUUUAUAGUUAUCGUACGUCCCAUUGUGAAAGAGAUACAACUACCUCAAAAAUAUAUAUAUAAGCAAAACCUGACGAAAGGCCUUCGAAGGGCACCGACCAUAUAUACGACAUAUAUCAACAACUGGUGACCUUAUUAAACCUCAAACAAGAACAGUUUAGAACUGAUAGAGCUAUCCAAAUUUAUCAAUUGCUUCUUCUUUCCACAGAUCCGCUUUAUCAGUUUUCCCUGGGUAGUCGACGACGUCCUUAUCACCGUAUUAUCAAGCCCAAGAACAACCAACAUCUCCAACACACCAGUUUCUCUCUCGAUCACGCGUGAUAUUUCUCGCAGCAUCCACGAAAUAUUCUCGAGGGAUGCGCACCACUUACUGUAUAGUUACGAAGCCCGACUGGAGCUGUUGAACGUCGUCGCUCGGGUUGUGUCCACGCAGUGGCCACAUGAUCGACUCGUGAUGUUUGGCUCUUCCGCCAAUUUCUUGUUUCGUCCGGAUUCUGACUUGGACUUAUGUGUCGUGUCGUCACGGGCUGGCGAGAAUCGAACUCAAGCCUCACAAAUUCAAACCUUGGAGAGAUUAGAACUUAUUCUCCGAAGGUCUUUUGGCGGUGUGACACUCAUUAAAGAUGCAAAAGUGCCCGUGAUCCGACUGGGAAAACUUAGAAGUCCUCGUGGCAGUCGGAACCGUUUAAACCUCUCCUGUGAUAUCUCAGCUGAUCGGAACGGUUUUAUCAAAACAGCCGUCCUUGUUUCUUACUACUCGAAGUACCCCUGUUUACUACCGCUGAUUCGCUUUGUUAUACUUUGGGCUCAUGCCACUGGUCUUACUCAAAGACUGGGUGGUGUUCUGAUCAAUACAAACGUUUUGGUGUUUAUGAUGCUAUCAUUUUGCAUUCAGAAAGGGUACAUUUUUCCCUGUUCUGUUCAAGACAUUGUUGAACGAUAUCGGGAUAUUCGAAAUUGCCAAAAUCAAAGUCCUGAAUUUUUCAGCGGUCUUAUUAAUGGCCUGUUGAACAAUGGCCGCGAUCAAUCAGGAAGACUGCGUACUAAUGACCGCGUAGGUGUAUCUCGAGGUCUGGGUGCCAGUUUAUGUAUUGGUGAAAUAUUACUGGAGUUCUUUAAAAAUCGUCGGCAGAUUCUUACUGGGACGUUUCCGGAAUCAUUUCGCGCUCUACUCGGUGUGACGACAUUUUCCGAACUGCUGACGACGGAAGAUGUGCAAAUUUUGAGUGAACAAAUGCAGAAAGCGUACCACGUGCUCGCUAUCCAUGGCAACGGCCACGCCCUCUUAGACAUCAGCUCGGCCCAGGUUCAAAGAACAUUCGCACUGUCUAGUCUCCAGUCUAUAGACAUCGCAGGCGAACGUUCAGAACGAACGCGCGCUCGAGAACUCACCAGGUAAGCUGAGAGCUUAGCAAGCUUCAAUAGCAAUUUCGAUAAUUAGGUCGCGUAUCUCAUCUUGGCCUGGGAACCAUUCAUGUUUCAAGAUGAAAGGUGAUUGGCUCACAAUUCAUGAGAGCGAGGCUCCAAAACAAGAUAUGUGAUGUAGUUAUCGAAAGGGUCUAUUCGUCCUGGAAUUAAUUUCCUUAACCUCCAGCUGUGCCAACAUUAGUGAUUUUGAUUAAAAUUACGUACUGAAUAAAGGAAUUAUUUACGGCAAAUCGGUGCCAUUUUUAAAGAUUUUUCCCAGUUCUUGGUCCUUGAAUUUACUGAAAAAGGGCCUUGAGAGUCCUGGAAAAGUCCUUGAAUUUCACCUUCACCAAAGGGUGGACACCCUGAUCUGAUAAAGCACGAUUGCUUAAAAUGACCCAUCUUAUGAGUUCAUUGGCGAAGUAAUUUUAGAAAUAAACAUUGUCUAAGCUUGAAAGAGCAUCACAAAAUUAGUAAUAUUCCAAAGUUUCGUUGCGAAAUGUUGUAAAAUGCGGAUAAUAUAGCCUUGCGAAGUUUGCAAUUUUCAGUCAUUUUGUAUUACAAUCGGGAAAUUGAUGCCCCAACACCCGAUUGGGCUGUCAAUUUCCCGUGCGUAAUACAAAAUGACUGAAAAACGGCAAACUUCGCAAGGCUAUAUUAUCCGCAUUUUACAACAUUUCGCAACGAAACUUUGGAAUAUUACUAAUUUUGUGAUGCUCUUUCAAGCUGUGAUGAAAUUUUUGUCUAGAUCAAAAUUUAGUCUAUAAUGCAAAUGGUCCAUUCACAUUGUUUGAUAACCGCUGCAGGUUGAUCAUCUUCUGCAGCACGAUAGUUCUUAGUAGAUAGAUUGUUCAUUUGGAAUUAUUUCACUAAUUUUGUGAAACUGCUUUAUUCUGAAGGAAAAGUGGUGCUUUCGUGACAAUUCGCCCACAAAUGCCCGGCUCCAGUCGUAACCUGAUCGUAGAAGCUCGUGGAACCAUCGGAACCAUCCGUGUUUUAGAACGCGUGCUCGGUUCAGAUGAGAAGGAAUGCGUAAAGAAAAAAGUCUCCACCAUGUCGAAAUGUUUCGUGCGAGGAGCGUCAAUGAUCACGUUUGAAGGUUGCCAUAGCAGCACUGAUCACGUGAAGCUUGUGCCAUACCAUGGCAAUCAUCAUCAAACUCAUGACCAGCGGUAUCGUCAUGUACCAUUGCUCGAAAACGCGACCCAACCACCCAAGGAGUUUCAAGAGUGCCACGCUUUCCAGAGUUUGCGCACAAGAUUUCUCGAUCAAAUCAAGGUAUGGGUUUUAUGGAGAAGUCAUUAUAAAUGACGAGGAAUGCGACGGAGAAUAUUUUGCAACUCUUGAUAAUAAAACAUGUCACUCAGCCCCGCACGCCAAAAAUUUUUUGGUCAGUGCACCAUUUUAGGGGUAUUUUCCGGACAUAUCACAAUUUUUCCUAAAUACGAAAUAAUUUUCCGGACAUACCGAAAAUUUUUCCGGAAAAUGUUAUUUUUUCCGGAAAUUAAAACAUUUUUCCGGAAAUAACAUAGAUUGAAUUUUUCAAAAAUGCCCUUUGCGCAAAAAAUGCAAUUUUUAAUGAAAAUUUUUCACGCAAAAAGGGCACUUUGUGCACCCGUUGCACCCGUAUUCUGCACCCGUAGUGCACCCGUAAAGUUGUGAAGACAAAAGGCAACGGGUGCAACUGCACCCGUGGUUCCGGCAUCCCUGAUGUUCACACAGGGUCUUAGCUAUGUAGAGGGCCAUGUUGGCCGUGUUAUCGCGGCCAAAAAUGGAAAAACACGGCUAGAUAAAAUGAACGCGGCUUCAUUAUUUAUAUAAGGCCGUGUAUGUUCAUAGAAUAGGGUGUUACUGCUUACAACAGACAGAAUUUCUUCCUAUUUACGUCCGGUAAGAAAGUUUGUAAAAUCUACUGUAGUUGUUGAAAUUGGCAAAACUGAUCCGUGAUGUUUUAAUGUUUUGAUGGAUAUGGUGUUACUAUGUAAAAUGGUUUUAAAUACCCCCAAGAGUUGCUGAAAUAACUUAAUAUUUUAAUGUUAGGCAUUGUCUGUUGUUGGCGAGCCAUAACUAGAACCGUGAAUUUAGCUAUUCAAGGUAAUUGACAUGUGCACACCGUGGUCGUUUAGAAACACGCCCAAGAUCUAAAAUCCUAGCUAAGACCCUGUGUUCACAUGUAUGUUCACAAAUCUUUCAAUGAAUUCUCCUUGCCUGCCAUUGCCGUUUCUUACAGUGUUUUUGUGAACAUAUGCAUAUUUCUCCGAAGUCAAGAGCACAGCCUAGACCGGUCUGAAAUGUAUUUGUGUUCACAUUCAUCCUGCUUCGAAUUCAUGCCGGUCUGAAGAUAGUCGGUUCGGUCACCAGCGGGAUGGCUUCAGAUCGGUCUCAGCAAUUUUUUGUCCCGGUUUGACUUUUGCUCGCUCUCGUGUAAACGGGGUCUUCCUGGCGUAGUUUUAGGACACCAGCGGAUUGAGAAUGAUACAACCACCGGGAAAAUAUAAGUAGAAUGUCGACGUUUUGAGCGAAGGCCCUUUCAGUGUCGGGAAGUUGAUAGCGCGUGUGUCGGGAAAGUCUAUAUUCUAAUUAAGUUUUCAUCGAACCAAAAGUGAUUUGAUAUCUUUUAUAUUAAAUAAUGUAAGUUGAAGUGUACUCAACAUUGAAAGAUACACAUGACUGCACACUUUACCAAGAAGCGAAGAAGCUUUCAUUUACAUUAAUUUGCAAGACGUUUUCGCGAAUGGAUUUUAUUCUUGGCGUCUUUAAUACUCCCAAAUGAAUCACCUCCUUAAACGAUAGUGGCCCCUGUGGGCUGCUUAUUCCGAACGUACAAUAAACGGGUGCCGUAUACUUUCAAAAUUUGGAUUGAUAAAGGUAUCUCAUCAUUUUUACUAUCUUCCCAACGAAGGGCUUUCGAUCGAAACGUCGAAGUUCUGCUAAUAUUUUUCUACCUACACAGGCAUCGACCAUUCGAGAUUACCGUUGUUUUAGUUAUUAACGAGUAAAUUGAGUCGAAUGUCUUUAGGUCGUUCUUCGAGACUACGAGCAAUCAAUUCACGGCGACCUUGAAUUCGUGGUCCAUUUCGGCCGAAUAUACGCUUUCGACAUCCCUCAAGCUUCGUACGAAGACAGCGAACCUAUUACGAUUAAAGAUUUUCAGUAUUCCGCCGCAAGAGGACAGGACACGAGAAGGGAAGAGCUCAUACGACGUCGGCCGCGAUUGCGUCGUCCUGGUGGAGGAUCCGGUCGAUCCAAACCCAAAGCUGAGCGAAAACAUAAAACGAAAGAAUCAAAACGCGAAGUGGACAAGUCGCCGAAUCAUUCGCUCUUUACUGUAGUAAGCGACAAGGGUAUGAAUGACAUAGAAGCGUAUCUUAGACGUCAAGGGUAUGUUGAACAACCGGCACUUCGUAAGAAGACCUACACUGCUACGCUUCGACUGGCAACUAAGGAUUACUAUGCGUGCUACGACGAGAGGCUCAACCCAACCAUGCUGAAACUUCCGCGUUUGAGAUGGUUUCUUGCCGAUAUAAAACGGGCGUGGGUCGAACGCGAUAAUUCUCCCGAGACUUCCAACCUCGAUGGACUGGAAUGUGAUGUCAGGUUUAUUUUGGGAACGUCACGUGAGUUCCCACCCACUGAUGAUUACGAGAACCUUUUGAAUGUUUUGAGCCCAAAUCCGACGUCAAAUCCAUAUCCUUUUAUCAUAAACAACGAACUGCAGAAGAAAUUGCAGUUAGUUCGAUACAAGGAGACAAGCGUUUACGUUAAACCUGGUCAUCGAGCGCAGAUCUGUCUGAGUAAAGUAAAAGAGUUUUCAAGGUUGAGAAAUUCAACCGGGCAGUUUAGGAAGAUGUUUGAACGGCGGGAACUUGUCGUGAAGCCUACAUUGCCGGCCAGUCUGGAAAACCAGCAAGAUGUCGAGGGGUUUUUGGCCAAGAUAUGGAAGACGGCGUUUAGGUUUGCGCGGAAAGCAUCAGCAUAGGACUACUAUCCUUUAUAUUUGUUACCACCAUUAUCGACUAUUAUCAUCAACCAUCACCACCACCACCAUCUCCCUUGUAAUCGUCAUCACCGUUAUCAUCACGAACAUGAUCAUUACCGUCAUCACGCGCAUGAUCAUCAUCAUCACGAACAUGAUUAUCACAAACAAGAUCAUCAUGAACAUGAUCAUCAUCAUCACGAACAUGAUUAUCACAAACAAGAUCAUUACAAACAUGAUCAUCAUCACCAACAUGAUCAUUACCAUCAUCACGCGCAUGAUCAUCAUCAUCACGAGCAUGAUUAUCACAAACAAGAUCAUCACGAACAUGAUCAUCAUCAUCACGAACAUGAUUAUCACAAACAAGAUCAUUACGAACAUGAUCAUCAUCAGUACAAACAUGAUCAUCAUCAUCACGAACAUGAUCGUUACCAUCAUUACAAACAUGAUCAUCAUCAUCACGAACAUAAUAAUUACCAUCAUCACGAACAUGAUCAUAAUUGUCACGAACAUGAGCAUCAUCAUUACCACCAUCACCUUAAUAUCACCAUAAUUUCCAUUAGCCUUGAACACCAAUUAAUAUCGGAGUAAAGUUUGAUUUAUAAGAUAUUUCAAUUAGAAAGAUAUUUUAAAUCAUUACAGGUAAACUGCGUGAAGCGUUCCUCUUGACUUCGUAACUCAUUUGGAAUUUUCCUCAUUAGCUUUGCAAAUUUGAAAAACUCUUUGCAAAUCCCUUGAGGGAAUUUGCAACGUUCCUAUCGGCUGUUGCAAUUUGCCAAACUUCAUUUUAAAUUUUCCUAUCUUCCUGUUUUAAUUUCCUAACUUCCUGUUCUGUUCUGAGCGUUGUUAUUGGUCGAUUAUUUUUGUUAGCCAAUUACAACGCCCAGAACAGAACAGGAAGUUAGGAACUUGUAACAGGAAGUUAAGAACUUCUAACAGGAACUGAGGAAAAUGUUUUUGGCUUUUAGCAACAUUGCAAAUUCCCUCAAGCGAUUUGCAAGGGAGUUUUUUAAAUUGCAAAAGUAAUGAGGAAAAUUGCAAUCAAUUUAGAAACUCAAAAGAGGAACGCUUCACGUAGUUUACGUGUAAUUAUGUAGCAAGAUGUUUGCUUUAUAUUAAGCUGAUAACUGAACUCUUUCAUAUUUUUUAUUAAAAUUCUGUUGUAAUUAAUAAGAACGUAAUUUUUAAUUGUACAUUAAUAGUAUAAUUUUAAAAUUUUAAUUAAAAUUAUUCACCAACGGAUAUUCACCGAAACACUUAAAACAUUUCUUCGUGGCUUUUUUCACUACCAGACCGGAAUAAUUUACUCGUUUGCCUCCCUCUGCCCCUUUACCUAAUAUUUGAAAUCCGACUAUGAGGGCU